UUUUCUUCAGUCAUUAUGAAGGCGCUGUUUAAAAACUUGGAAAACCCAGAUCGACCUUUCCUAGGUCCAAACUACUGGAUCCUUCAGAUGAUGGGAUUGCUCUUACCAAAAAAUAAGUUUGCGAAAAUACUUUACAUCAUAAUACACGAGAUAGUUUCGUUUUUCGUGCUCACUCAGUACAUGGAGCUGUACGUUAUUAGAUCUGAUUUGGAUCUCGUGCUAACCAACCUGAAGAUUUCUAUGCUUAGCGUAGUUUGUAUCGUUAAAAGCAACACCUUCGUUCUAUGGCAAACCAAAUGGCGAGAAGUCUUGGACUAUGUCACAGCAGCUGACAAAUUCGAAAGGGAAACCAAAGAUCCUAUGCGAAGAAAUGUAAUAAAUUCGUACACAAAGUACUGCCGUCGGCUUACAUAUUUCUACUGGGCUUUGGUGUUUACUACGUUUUGGACUACCACCCUAACGCCGCUGAUGAGAUACCUGUCGUCAUCGAACUUCAGAGAAAAUUUGCGGAACGGGACUGAGAACUUUCCUCAUAUAUUUAGUUCUUGGAUGCCGAUUGACAAGUACCACUCACCUGGAUGUUGGAUCACCGUCGUCUGGCACACGGUCCUGUGUGCGUACGGAGCUGGGAUUAUGGCGGCCUACGACACGUGUAUUGUGGUCACCAUGGUGUUCUUCGGAGGAAAACUUGAUCUGCUACGAGACAGAUGCAAGGAAAUGUUUGGAGAAUACGGCAGUUCAAUCAACAACAAGGAAUUUGAGGACUCGGUACGACAGUUACACAAAAUACAUGUGAUGCUGAUCAAAUAUUCGAGAUUAUUUAAUUCCCUGUUGUCGCCUGUCAUGUUCUUCUAUAUGGUCAUGUGCUCGUUAAUGCUUUGUGCGAGCGCUUAUCAACUAACUUCAGCACAAAAUGCUGCGCAGAAGCUGUUGAUGGCAGAGUAUCUUAUAUUUGGUAUAGCUCAGCUAUUCGUAUUCUGCUGGCACAGCAACGACGUUUUAGUAAAAAGCGAGAACAUGGCGCUGGGCCCGUACGAGAGCGUGUGGUUCACUUCGCGCAGCAGACAGCAGGCGGAUGUGCUGCUCCUUUCUGGACAGCUGCGUAUCACGAACAUAUUCACAGCGGGGCCCUUCGCUAACCUCACGCUACCAACUUUUAUUAAUAUACUAAAGGGAGCUUACAGCUACUACACUUUGUUGAGGAACAACGAACAUGUCGGAUGCCAUAUUGAUGACGUAUGCGUCAAUAAUCUCAGCUAUGCUGACGAUAUGGUGCUGUUGAGCGCCUCAUAUAAUAAUGCGUUCAGGAUGCUGUUGGGGUUGCCGCGUUAUUGUAGUGCCUCCGGCAUGUUCGCGGACGCGCAUGUUGACGGUUUUAGCGCGAUAAUGCGAAAACGCAUCGCUUCAAUGGUCAGCAGAGUACGCGCCAGCACCAACAGCAUCCUGAACAUGAUAGCUUAUAGGUUUUGUGAUUCUACCGUAAUAACUGUGAGUGCAAGUGUGAACAGCAGUACUGCUAUGGAAAAUCAAAACCCUCCUGAGAGAGUAGUGCCGGUACAAUAUGGAAGAGGAUCGAGAGCUUUUCGUCAGUUUAAGAAUCCUCCACAGCCGCACAUGUGUAUUCAGGACACUAUAAAGGAUACUACGGAGAAGUUAUACAUCAAUGUGUUGGGAUGGCAGAAAAUAGCCAAUCCUAAACAGUACUCAGACCCAAUACCUCUGUAUGGUGGAAUGCAGGUGCCACAAAAUUAUGGACCUAAUUCUGGCAGGCCUCCAAUGGUGGUGUUUGCGGUGAUGGUGAACCCAGAUAUACUAAAAGCUAAUGGAAAAAAUGCUACCAGUCCAACGGAUCGAGAAGCAUUGGUGAGCCUCCUCUGUGACUUUGUAGAGGCUAUGAACCCGGGGUUGACAUUAACUAGGAACCCUGUCAUAUUAAAAGAUAGAGACUUGGCAGGAGAACUGAAGGAUGUGUGGCUUGCUGUACAGAACAAGAGGGAAAGAGAAAAGGGAAUGAACCAGGAUGUCAUGUAUAAGGUCUAUGACAUUGAUGGCAUUGGUGAGGACAAUGGUGUUGAAGAUGACAGUAGCUCAAAUAAGCAUGGGAGCUCUCCAAACAGGGGACCCAAUGGUGAUAAGAAAACUGUCAAAUCUUCGAAACAAAUACUGCUCAAUGCCGGUCAAAAGUCAGAGUUUGACUCUGGUAUGAACAACUGCCAAAUUAACCAGAGCCAUGCCAAUAGAGACAGUAAGUGUGGCAUAAGUGCACCAGACACAACCUAUUGCACACCAGUGUAUGGUCAAAUUGUCUCAACUCGAGAAAACCACAACCAAAUCAAUGACAUCCAUCAGAAGUUCUCCUCAAAUGAAAUGAAACCUUCAAGCUCCUUCAGGAAAGACUGGAAUCCUGUGCACGGAAAGACGACAGAAGGCUGGGACGAAUUCUCGAAACGCAACAUAUCUUCAAUAAAAAACGACGAGAAAAAACGAUGUGUUAAAAACGAUAAAACUAAGAUAAGCAACGGUAAAUCACACUACGAUUUCUUCCCCUAUUUUGACAAUAAAUCGGCGAAUGAAACGGAGAUAUCUCAGGCUGACAAUGCUGACAUAGAACAAAAUUCGAAUGAUGAAAAUUCUAAAAUAAUUAUAGACCCAAUGCAGAAGCUAGUUCUGCAUUCGACUGAUAAGAAUAUAUGUGAUAAUAACACAAGUGCUCUCAGCUCAAUAAGCCCAUAAAGUAAGCUUUUACAAACAUUUUGUAUAGCAGUUGAUGUUGAACUGUAUUAGCUUGUGUCUACAUGUGUUAAUGGAACAAUAGCAAUCUAGGCAGAGCAAUAUUAUAUUAUUUUAUGAUAAUUUUAACAAAUAUAAUUUUAAAUGUGAGGUUUGCAUGGCUUGCGUUUGAUGAGUUGAUUGCGGUUUUGUUAGUUAUGUAACUUAUCACACAAAUAAAAGUCCAUUAAAAGUUCCCUGUCACUUAGCACAGGUUAGGAUAUUAGUCUAAAACGAUUUAUUGACUUUAUUAAAAUGUUAAAAUUAACAUAAAGUUAAUUCGCAGCUAGGUGUGUGCAUGAAGUUUUUAAUGUAUACCAUCACAUUUUAUAACAUUGUUAAUAUCUGUGUUACUUGUUUAGUCUCUGUCAUAAAAGUAUAACUUCUGGGCACAUGUGUGUGUGCUCAUUUGCAAGUCAGUAAAAAAAAAAAUCUAAUAAAAUACUAAAAGCCAAGGAAAUCUAGUUAUUUAAACUUCUAUACCAGUGUUAAAAAAAUAAUAAAAAUGAAGGCAUAAUGCUCUUAUGACAGAGAUAAAACUUUGUAUUCUCAUAAAAUUUCGUAAGAUGUGACAAUACAGCAAUACGAAGUAUACAUGAACAUGCUUAUGUGUGUGAGUGCAGUUUUAUAUGGUUGUGUGUUUAUCAUGUUGUUUAGUGUUUGCUUGUUCAGAUUGGGUUAUAUGCAAAUGCUGCCAUUUAGACUGAAUUGUGUACUAACAGGAUAUUUUUCAGGGAAUUAUCAUGAUUUCGUAGUCUCGGCGUAGCAAAAUUUUUAGGAAAGAAACAAUGAUAACUUAGAUUCAACUAGUUGUACACAAAUUAGUUCUUAGAGGCAAGAACAAAAAUUUUACCCAAUUUGAACCAACAAACAGUUCUAUUAAUAAUUUUUAUAUAAUGCUAUAUUUUUCAUUGUUGCCAAUUUACUAUAUUUAAAUCCUGAGCUUGUUACACGUAUGUAAUUUAAAAUCACUGAAAGGGAAUGUAAAUGGAAAUUUCUAAGUGUGAGAUGCCUUGAAUGAUAUCCCACUGCCAACUAUUUGUUGUUGUAAUUACGGGAAUUGAAACCAGAUGGCAGUAGUGAGUCGGGAGGUUUGACUGAAAGGAACGAAUUACGCCUCGUCUCAGUAUUGCCAGCUCUACUUAAGAGGUAAAACAUUAAUGGAGCGUUUGAUUCUAGACUGCAGUGUGUUAUAUGUAUUUUUAUCUUCUAAAUUUAAUAUUCUAAUGAGUGUUUGAAUUUUGCUCAUUGUAAAAAAAUAUUUAAAUUCUCAAAGUGACCAAUUAAUUGUUAAUAAAACACUUAUUUCACUCAUUUUAUAUCUUAAUUUGGAUAUGAUCUCAGAAUUGAAAACAUUUUAUUUUUGAUUGUAUGCCCGUCGGCGUUACCAAACACUGCCAAAUGAUGCUUAUCAUAACACGUGGACUGAAUAAGUUACAUCGACAGAUAUUUAAGUACUGAAGCGCACAAAAACUUAAUCUAUUGAUCUGAAAAAGCACAACACUGUUGACGGACAAACUGUGACUUAGUAUACAUUUAUUAAGGACUUAUUUGUCUCUCAGAAUUGACGAGUAAGACUGAUCUCUGAUGCCUAUGUGAUAAAACACUAUUCAGAGACUGAUCUUAAGUAACAGAUCAAACAGUCACAAGUGUCAGGUUAGGAUAAUUCCAUUUUGAUCAAACUAUUUGGGUCAAACAGAACUGUGCGCAACUACAUACAGCGAGUACGUGUUCAUUUAAUUCGAUGUCACUUAUUGUCUAGUUACUUUUUUACCUUUACACAAUAAACAUUCAUCUUGAAUAUAAAGAUAGAGAGAAAAAUCGCAAAUAACGUAGAUUUUAUAUGGUUGGUUAGUCAGUACAUACUCAGUCUGUAGGUAUAUAAUAAGUCAUUACCCUUGUGCAAUCCUAUGGUUCUUUUAUUAUAUUUUAUUAUUAUACUUUUAGUUUUUAAAAAAUAUAUAACUGAUGCGAGGUAGAGAUCUCAGGCCCCUCGCCGCAUGCAGUUAUAGAUCUUACGUUAUUAUAAUUAUGUCUCAUUUUCUUAUAAAGCUUUUAUUACUCGAAUCUUUAGUAUGUAGUAUUGCUUCUACAUUGGCAAGAAGGAAAUGAAUCUAUAGUUCCUUCUUGGGUGUAGAAAUAGUCUAUAUAGAAUAAAGUUUUUUGUAAGUCCUUAUAUGCUUUUGAUAAAUGUUGAAGGAGGGGGAAUCACUUAGUCCAAACUGACAUCAGAAUUUUCGUAGCUUUCUUAGUAUGCCCCUGUAAUUAAUAUUGAUUUCUUUAUAUUGUUGUUCAACUUAAUUGUCCAGAUAUCAGCGUUCCUGGUGACUUAUGUGAGUCAUCAGAUUUCCGACCGUUAGUCCUCGUAGUCGAGACAAAUUCGACGUUUCACCAUUGAGCCUAUAUUGUACAAUUUUGUUCUAUUCUAAACUCCUUACAUAUAGGUACUUGACAUUUAUCAAAGGCUUAUACCGCGCCAGAUCAAUGAAGUUGCAUUUAAAAGAUUUUCUUGUAUAUUUUUCGAUGUGCUACAUUUACAUUUAGUUUUGUAUUUUAUAAAGUAUUCCUUUUAACAUAUUCAUAGUUUUUAGAUAGGUACAAUAAAUGUAGUAUGUUAUGUAUGGCUAGGUUCGCAGUAGACUUGCAACUGCACCCCAUGUUCCUUUGAUAUAAAUUAUAUUAAUUUGUAUUAAUUGUAUGAUCAGACAUGUAUAUUUAAUUGUAGUCGUAUGAUAUUUUGUUACGUUAAUUUUAUUUGUGUAAUCUAUAGUGAGUUUCACUUGUAUAUUAUCAGUAUUAUACCUAUUUGUUUAUCAUGGAAAUCUUGUAUUUAUAAAUUCUCAUUGGUUAUUCAGCAGCUUAGUUAUCUAAAAGCAAACAUAAAAAGGCAUAGAUUAUUGCUCAAUUUAAAAGUAUUAUCUUACUAAAUAUAAAUGAUUACAUGCAAGUGAAAUUCACUUUCCACAUUUUAUGGGUUGUAAUCUCGAAAGAGUAGAAAAAUGUUAAAAAUAUUAAUGGCGAUGUUAAAAAAGGUGUAUUCAAAACAAAACUAUAUCAAGUUUUAGUGUGAAAUAGACGUAAUUUUUAUUUUUUUGAAGUAAUGAAACUGUAUGUAUGGUUAUGAACAUUGUACCUACCUAAUAUAAUGGAAUUAAAUAGCAGAUCUCUUGUUUACAGUAUUUAAAAUUACAUGUCAUUUACAAGACUGGUUGAA